AUGGCUACAGCAGGAGGAGGAGAAGAGGCGAUAAUACAACGUAUAUCACGCAUGAAUGACGUUGUACAAGAGUCACUGGAAAUUCUUGCACCGAUCGGUGGUUAUUCGAAAAUGCCCCUUGUUUCACUUGAAGAAGCAGUCGAACCACUUGUUCCUAUUCUACCUGAUGUUCAAGCUCAUGCAUAUACCGCUAUAUUGAAAUGCAAGAAACCUGCCGAUAAAUUAACACAAGACGAAUCUGCUUCGAUUAUGCUGUAUACCAUGGGAUGGGAUCCUCCUGAAGAAUGUCUCUACGUGGCCUUGAAUAAUACAUUACGUGCAAUCGAUCGACAAAAUGCGCUUAGACCUUGGUAUUUAUACUUGAGACUUUUUCUUAAUGCACUAUUUCGUCUUCCGUUGCUUGCCGUAACUGCAUACAGAGGUGUUAAAUUAGACCUCAGCCGUCGCUAUAUCGAAGGAGAAACAAUUGUCUGGUGGGGUUUCUCAUCAUGCACAACAUCUGUCAGUGUGCUAAAAUCAGAAUUGUUCUUGGGGAAGAUCGGUAAUAGAACUAUGUUUACCUUACACUGCAAAUCAGCCAGAGACAUUCGUAAGCAUUCGUUUUAUCCCGUCGAAGAUGAAGUACUUCUUAUGGCCGCAACGCAAUUUAAAGUAAUGGGCUCCCUUGAUCAAGGUAAUCUUCAUAUAAUACAAUUGGAAGAAACUACGCCACGACAUCCACUCCUACAACCAGUACCUAUUAUUGGUUCAUUAUCAACUUAUUCCAAUCCGCCUAGUGAUUCGACAGCGGCUUCUUUUGACAUAAGCACAGAAAAAUCAAAGACACAUUCAAACAAAUCUCAAAUUGAUACACAUGGAGCAGCUACCAGUAAUACCAAAAAAACAGGAAUAAAUUCGAUCACUGGCCAAAUGUUUGAUGUAAAAAUUAGUGCUUCAAUUAAUGAAGAUACGAUGCACUCAUAG